UCCAAAAUUAUGGUACAGACACUGGAGCCUUCGAGGGAGACCUUAAGGCAAUCGUCAAGCUGCUUUCUUCUCCCCAGCCCCAGGAAGCACAACUGUGCAAAGGUCACCCCAGGAGCUGGCCAUGCGGGCAACUACCAAAGCCAGCCCUCCCCGCGCGGUCGCUAUUCUCGACUCGAGCCACUGCGCCGCGCUCGCACCGGGCCACCUGUUGCCGCCCUGCGCCCAGAGCCGAGUCGCAAGCCGCCGCUAGAGUUCGUUCUAAUUCCCCGGAGCAGAGGCUGGCCGGGAAGCCGCGACGCUCGGCGGCCCUCGCCUCCUCUGGGCGGGCGGAGACUCGGCGGAGCCUCCCAAGCCCGGGCUCCCUUUGUUUUCUCGAGGCUCUCGGUGUCCCCCCACGCAGACCACCAGACCGCGUCCCUCUCCGCCCCGCUCGGCCCGUGCGCGCUCGGGCGGCAGCUCACCGCCUUGGGAAGAUACGAGCGCAUCGAGAUACCCACGGAGGAGGGAACGCAGGUCCAUCCAGCGGCGCAGGAAUGCCAGGGCGCCGACAGGUGGCCCUUGAGAUUGCGACACGGGCGCUGGAUUCCCCAAUCCGGGUUUAGCACGCCUCCGCGGAACACCGGCAUGGUUUGCAAGGCGCGCGGGACCCCAGACGCAAACGCACGGUUCCCGAGGCUGCAGGCACAGGGCAGCGAGAUGCUCCUCCCGCAUUGGCACCGAGACGCGUGAGGGAGGGAAUCGGGUAGGUGGGCGGGGGUUGGGGACGGCGGCCUUGGGGAUCCCCUCCCGUCGUGACCAGCCAACCCAAUUUUGCGCGGAGAGAAAGUUCCUCGCUUUCUCCGAGCCUGACGGUCGCGGGAGAACCGCGGCCGACGAGAGUUUCGCUCGGCUCCCAGGGCGUCUGUUUGUUUAUUGAUUCCGGAGGGGAAAAGUUUGAGGCUUUUGAACCCAGCUCAAACCUGGCGCAAGCGGAAACCUCGGAAUCUCCCCCCACACACACCCCCGCCCCCACCACCACCCCACCACCACCACCCCGCCCCUCCGCCCCGCUGCCCCCCUCCCGCAGCCAAAAGUCAUUAUAUAAGCUGGGGGCGGGGUUGGGAGGUGGUGGCUCUUCCUAACCCUCUCGGGUCCGCGGAGUCCUCUCUGGAGCGAUUCGGGAAUAAAUGUAACAUUUUAGAAACAAAUGUCACUGUUGUUAUUAUUUCGCGGAAGCCGUAAGACAGAGGAAGUGCAAGGCAGAGUCCCGGGCGCCAGGCGCCCCCACCCGGGUCCCCCACCCCCGUGCGCUGUCGCCCUCCGGGCGCAGGGUGGGAGUCCGGCGAGGGUCUGGGUGUCACCGGGUCCCCGCGAGCAGCCGCGCCCCCCGCCUCCUCCCCCACCCCGAACUCGGCGUCGGCCGCUCCACGUGGUCAGGAUCAACAGUUAGUUGAGCUCAUCAGUGACACCUUGAACUUUUCAUAAAGAAAAGGAGUAUUGCAGCGGGGAGACUCGGGCCGCCGCUCCGGGUGGCUCCGAACAGUCCAGGAUGUCGCUCUCGUUUCCCCUCGCAGAAAUGCCACCGAGUCCGUUACCGCGCUCAGACUUUGGAAGUUAAUUUACAGCAACAGCAACCACCACCGCCGUGGCCGCCCCACUCCACGCCCCGAACCUUGGCUAGUCACCAGUGCCUCCAGGUCCAGCUUCUCCCUCCCACCCCACACCCCCCCCCCCAACAGCUCCCGUCUGAAAAUGACAUUUCGCCGGCGUCUCGGGAGGGGGGCUGGAUUUCACUUUGCAACUUUCUGCGGAACCCGAGCCCGGGGUGGCAGCUCGGGUUGGUGGUAUCGUAUGCAAAUACGCAUGCUGACGUUACAGAUCAUGUGGGUUUUGGCGUAGAUUCCCCACUGAUCGAGACAUUUUCCCCCCCUCUUUUUUUUUUGCCCCCCCUUCUUUUUUUUUCUUUAAAAAAAAAUUUUUUUUUUUCCUUGCUCGCCACUCUCUCGUUGCGGGGGCUUGCGCGGUCUGUGUGUCUGGCAGGCUGGGCGCUCGCGGCUCUUUCCCACGGAGCCCGAGCCGGGCGCCCGGAGGGGAGUGGGGAGUGGGUGGGGGGAAAGCCAGCAGAGUUCCAUUUUGGAACGCCCGUGCCGCGUCUCCGCGCUCCCGGCCCGGGUGUCCCCGCGCUCGCCGCCCCGGCGCAGAUCCCGACACAUUCCCCUCUCUCAGAGUCACAAAGGCAAAGGUUCCCAGGAUGUGAGCGACACGGGACUGAUAUGAUGCUACCUCUUGUAUUUCACCCGUGGAAUGGUCACAGUCUUCUUUGCUGAAAUCAUCCUGAAGACUCAAACACAAGACUUCAGCAUUCAAGGGAAGCCAAAGCCAUUAGAGAGGGGGAGAAAGCCAAAAAGCCUUUUGUUUGUUCCAGAUUUUUCACGGACCACUCCCUUUCCCACAAGCCACGGCACACAGACAGACAGCAUGGCGAGCAAAAGGAAAUCCACAACCCCGUGCAUGGUCCGGACUUCGCAAGUCGUGGAGCAAGAGGUCCCCGAGGAAGGAGACAGGGCCAAAGAGAGAGGGGCGGACGUGCCACAGCCCAGCGUGCCCAAGGACAGCUGGGCCGUGGAACCGGAAAACGCUUCCAAAGAAAAUGAAGUGAUUGAGGUGAAGUCAAGCGGGGAAAGUCAGUCCAAAAAACUCCAAGGCGGCUACGAGUGCAAAUACUGCCCCUAUUCCACGCAAAACCUGAACGAGUUCACCGAGCACGUGGACAUGCAGCACCCCAACGUGAUCCUCAACCCCCUCUACGUGUGCGCCGAAUGUAACUUCACAACCAAAAAGUACGACUCCUUGUCCGACCACAACUCCAAGUUCCACCCGGGCGAGGCCAACUUCAAGCUGAAGCUGAUCAAACGCAAUAAUCAGACGGUCUUGGAGCAGUCCAUCGAGGCUACCCACCACAUCACGUCCAUCGCCACGGGCGGUGGUGGCGGCCCUGGGGGCAGCGAGCACGACCCUGGCAUCUCGGUCAGCAAGACCCCCAUCAUGAAGUCGGGGAAACCCAAAGCGGAUGCCAAGAAGGGGCCCAAGAAGCCUGAGGAGGUCACCCCCGAGAGUCACGUGGAUGGGCCGGCCCGCCUGGUGACUGAUGCCGCGGAGAUCCUCUCCAGGCUGGGGGGUGUGGAGCUGCUCCAGGACUCCCUGGGGCACGUCAUGCCUUCUGUCCAGCUCCCACCAAAUAUCAACCUUGUCCCCAAGGUCCCCGUCCCUCUGAAUACUACCAAAUACAACUCCGCCCUGGACACCAACGCCACCAUGAUCAACUCCUUCAACAAGUUCCCUUAUCCAACCCAGGCGGAGCUGUCCUGGCUGACGGCCGCUUCCAAGCACCCCGAGGAGCACAUCCGGAUCUGGUUCGCCACCCAGCGCUUAAAGCACGGCAUCAGCUGGUCCCCCGAGGAGGUGGAGGAGGCUCGGAAGAAGAUGUUCAACGGCACCAUCCAGUCCGUCCCCCCGACGAUCACCGUGCUGCCUGCCCAGCUGGCCCCCACAAAGAUGCCGCAGCCCAUCCUGCAGACAGCGCUGCCGUGCCAGAUCCUCGGCCAGACCAGCCUGGUGCUGACCCAAGUCACCAGCGGCUCCACCACCGUCUCCUGCUCCCCCAUUGCCCUUGCCGUGGCCGGAGUCACCAACCACAGCCAGAAGAGACCAUUAGUGACCCCCCAAGCUGCCCCGGAGCCCAAGCGCCCACAUGUGGCCCAGGUGCCAGAGCCCUCCCCUAAGAUCCUCCACCCCCCGCUGCCCUCCGCCAGUGACCGCAAGAAGACCAAGGAGCAGAUCUCACACCUCAAGGCCAGCUUCCUUCAGAACCAGUUCCCCGACGACACCGAAGUCUGCCGGCUCAUCGAGAUGACCGGCCUUGCUAGGAGCGAAAUCAAGAAGUGGUUCAGCGACCAUCGGUACCGGUGUCAAAGGGGCAUCGUCCACAUCACCAGCGACUCCCUUGCCAAAGAGCAGAUGGCCGGCACCACCCCCCAGCACGGCCGCACGUACCAGGCCUACCCCGACUUCGCCCCCGCCAAGUUCAAAGAGAAAAGCCAGGGCCAGGUGAGGGUCCUCGAGGACAGCUUUGUGAAAAGCUCCUUCCCCACCCAGGCGGAGCUGGAUCGGCUCCGGGCAGAGACGAAGCUGAGCAGGAGGGAGAUCGACUCCUGGUUCUCGGAGAGGAGAAAGCUUCGGGACAGCAUGGAGCAAGCAGUCUUGGACGCCAUGGGGUCUGGCAAGAAAGGCCCAGAGGCAGUAGCCCCCAACGGUGCUCUGGCUCGCCUCGACCAGCUCUCCGGCGCCCAGCUAGCCAGCCCUCUGCCCAGCCCUUCCCCAGCAACGACAAAGAAUCAAGAGCAGGUGCAUCUCCUGAGAAGCACGUUUGCAAGAACCCAGUGGCCCACUCCUCAGGAGUACGACCAGCUCGCGGCCAAGACCGGCCUGGUCCGAACUGAAAUCGUGCGCUGGUUCAAGGAGAACCGGUGUUUGCACAAAACGGGCACACUGAAGUGGAUGGAGCAGUACCAGCAGCAGCAGCAGCUCGUGGCGGACGACCACGGCUACAACGCCCUCUCCAGGAAGGCAGCAGAGGGCGCGGUCCCCACCGAGAGCCCCAAGAAUGGGAGCGAAGCGGGUCCCCCCUAUUUCAAGGACCCCAACAAGCUCUGCGAAGAGGACUUGGAGAAGCUGGUACCCCGGGGGAAAGUCAGCGGUGAGCAAGCCCAAGACCGUUUGCCCCCCAAGCCCUCAGAGACCACCUCGGACCGGCCGGAGGGGAACAGCCGGGACGGCCAUGGCAACGAGGAGAACGAGUCGGGCGUUGUGGACUGGGUGGAGGUGACCGUGGGAGAGGAGGACGCCAGCUCAGACAGGUCGGAGAGCUGGAGCCAGGCUGCAGCCGAGGGCAGGGCAGAGCUGGCCGACUCGGACUCCGACGCAGCCCCUGCAGAGGCUGGCCACGCCUAGACAGAGACUUUGUCCGAACUGCUGUGCUGAGACAGGAGACACUUCGUCGUAGAAGAAAGAAGAGCGCUUCCCUCCCCCAGCCACCCUGGCCAGAGACUCCAAGUGGAACUACUCAGUAGCUCGUGUGUGCCUGCAGGGUUCGGGAACCCAGAGGUCUGGGUGGGAAUUCCUCGUGCCAAAGUCCUACUACUGCGUUUUCAAUGGGUCCUUGUAAAUAGUUGCGCCUCUGCUCCGGCCUCCACCUCUUGCUAUACUGGAAAGAUUUGUACAAUGUGGGGAUUUUGUUACCUUUUUUAUCAAGGGCAACUUCCUUUUCCAGAACUAUCAUUGGAAGGUGGGUUUGGGGGUGGUUUGUUGUUUUUUUUUUACCCCCCCAAGGAAGGGGAGGGCUAAUCACCUGUGCUUUUUCUCUUGUUUUCUUUUCUCAUUGGUAUUACUGGGGGAGGGGGGCAGGUUAGCAUUAGUGUCAUUAUAUCUACAGGAUUUUAGGUAGGGAAGAAUUCAUUUUCUAAAGGUAGUCAGCAGUUCGGGAGAUUUCAGGGGAACGGGAAGGGCUAAGUUUGGGGCAUCGGUAGCAACUGGAAGAGGGUUUGCCGCGGGCACACCUUUCCAAGCAACCCGUGUCCCAUUCUUCCCUCUACCCCUUGCGGGCUCCUCGUUUAACCAAGCACUGGCUUUCAGAACUGCCCAGGGCUGGGUCUAGAAUCACAGCUGCCUGGCCUGCCUGCACCAGGGGCACUGCGUGGCAGGCGACUCUCUCUUAGAGGAUUCUGUGCUGGUCCGUGUUACCAUGACGCAUGCAUCAUUAGAACAAGAGGAGCUCUUCCCAUCUCGAUGGCACAAAGAAGGCCCACGGCGGCCCGUUCCCAUCCCUGUGCCCGCCGCCUUUUCCCAGAGUGGUACUAGACAAGAUAGCGGCUUGAGGCCUCACCAUGACUUGAUCCUUUGUUUUGUGUGUUUGUUUUGGGCCAAUUUUAGAUUCCUGGGUGCACUUCCUUACCCCCUUCUCCUCCCCACACCCCACACAUACACCCAGUUAGUCCUAACCCUUAAACCAAGAGGCCUAGCUGGUAUAAAUGUUGCAAUAUGAACUGUGUUUGCAAACCAUCUCCCUCCCCCACUCACCACCCACUGUUUGAGUACACUGCACAAAUAAAAUACUAGGGAGUUUGAACAAAAGCGGUUUUUUCUAACUUGUUGCUCAUUUGUUGUAACUCAAUAAA